UAUUUUGUAGUAUUAUUUUUGCUAUCUUCAGGACUCCAGAGCUAAUUUGUUUCUACUGUCAUUUAGGAAAUGUGUCGAAGCUCCAGAUAAUCGCAGAAGAUUACGCGUAUGGAAUUUUGAAAGGACUUCGGAAAGUAGUAGGAAAAGAUGGUGGCGAUUCUUUCUCUAAAGAGGAUGUAUUACCUAUAACUAUAAUUGCUGUAGGAGUAUUCACGGGAUGGUUUAUGGUGCCAUACAUGGUCGUCAAAUACAUAUUGGGUCGUCUCAUACUUUUCUUUGUAAUGCUGAUCUAUACAUGCCAAAGAAAACAUGCAUCAAUUUAUGAAAACAUUGAGGAAUUUUUGCAAGGGAGCAAUCUCAUUCCAAUAAGGUAUUCAUAUAAAGAGAUAAAGAAAAUGACAAGAGAUUUUAAAGAGAAGUUGGGAGAAGGAGGAUUCGGUUCCGUGUACAAGGGAAAGCUACCAAGUGGACCUUUUGUAGCCAUAAAAAUGUUGGGUAAAGCUAAGGCUAAUGGUCAAGAAUUCAUCAGUGAAGUUGCUACAAUUGGUAGAAUACAUCAUGCCAAUGUAGUAAGGUUGAUUGGAUUUUGUGUUGAGGGUUCAAAACGUGCUCUUGUAUACGAAUUUAUGCCCAAUGGUUCUCUAGAUAAGUUUAUUUUCUCCAAAGUGGAUAGUGUAUCAUUGACUUGCCAGGAACUUUUUGAAAUAUCUCUUGGAGUGGCUCGUGGCAUAGCUUAUCUGCAUGAAGGUUGUGACAUGCAAAUUUUGCAUUUUGAUAUCAAGCCUCACAAUAUUCUUCUUGACGAAAACUUCAUUCCUAAGGUCUCAGACUUUGGUCUUGCAAAGCUUAAUCCUCUUGAUAAUAGUAUUGUAACUUUGACAGCAGCACGAGGAACAAUUGGUUACAUGGCUCCAGAAUUGUUCUACCAAAAUAUUGGAGCAGUAUCUUAUAAAGCCGAUGUCUAUAGCUUUGGAAUGCUUUUGAUGGAGAUGGCAAGUCAAAGAAGAAACUCCAACCCAAAUGCAGAGCAUUCAAGUCAAUUUUACUUUCCAUUUUGGAUAUACAAUCAAUUGACUCAGAAAAAUGAUGAAAUAGAGAUGGAAAUUUUAAUGCAUGAAGAAACAAGCGAAGUAGCAAAAAAGAUGUUCUUAACUGCACUAUGGUGUAUACAAUUGAAGCCAAGUGAUCGUCCUUCAAUGAACCAAGUGGUGAAAAUGUUAGAAGGGAAUGCUGCAAGCAUUGAAAUGCCUCCAAGACCUUCAUAUUAUCCAAAUGAUACGAUUCACAAAGAUUCUGAGAUUAAUUCAGGAGUAACUAUUUCAAAUGAUUCUUCUAGUUGUUCAGGUUUUGAGGAGGAACUUACAACCAAUCCUAUGUGAAAGUGCUUUGGUUGAUGACUAGUGCAAUUUGCU